AUGAACGCUUGGACGCUCUCGAACCCCGGCCCCCCGGAGAGCUCAUCGGGGACCUUCUCUACUAGUUCCGGCUGUCUCAGUCCAGUUGGUCAAGAAAUCAGGAAUAUUCUUACCCUUUCAGGCACUGCCACGUCUGAUGAUGCGUACGGCAGCAACGCUCCCAAUCUUGGCAGUGAGGAGUGCAAGUUAGACAAAUGGUGCGUGUGGAAGCACAUUACGGACGAUGUGGUUACUCUCUUCCAUAAUAGCGCAUCAGGCCAAUGUGGCGCCGACGGCUCGCUUGUUCUUGCCCCUGAAGAGAUCGGACGCUCAGGCAACGAGGGAUUGCAGAGAAUUGCCCAGCAGACCCAGGUCUGGUACGACAAGUACAAAGAGCACGGCAUCAGUAUCGCAGACCUCAUCCAGUUCAACGCAAAUGUCGCAACGGGCCUUGUUACUCUCAUUGGUGCCCAUACGGCCAGUAAGGAACGCUUUGUGGACACAGAAAGAGCAAACGCGUCCCAGGACACAACCCCGGGUAUUUGGGACCUCAAAUUUUACCAGCAAACUUUUGAAGGAGCUCCCGCAGAGGUUUUCACGUUUCAGAGCGAUAAUGCUCUCUCAAAGGAUGCAAGGUCCAAGCACACAUUCGAAGUUUUCGCGCAAAGCAGCCAGGAUAUCUGGAAUCAGGCUUAUGCCCAAGAAUACGUCAGACUAAGUCUCUUAAGCGUAUAUAACAUCAACACUUUGACGGAUUGUACCAAGAGUCUUCCUGCUCGUAACCUCUAG